GAAACUGCUAGAGGCUUGCAAGAGACGUCUGAACACCCUAGAUGACCCAGAGGCCAUUGAAGACACUGAACUUUGAAGGGUCUGGACACUGUUUAGCAUUGGCUGCUAGCAAGAGGACGCACACCGUGGUGAGUUUCUUUUCAGCAGCACAGGAGCUGACAUGCAGAAUGUACCGGAGGAGUGAAGGAUGGGAUGGGGGGAUGUUGUUCAAGAAGAAAGAGGAUUCAGAGCGCAGCAGCGAAGAGAUGAAGGGAGAGUGCAUGACGAACGCGGGGACAGGUGGUGAAGAGGCGGAGAAGGAGACGCUGAUGAUGGAGCUGACGAGGCUGGUUCAGAGGGUGGUGAAGGAGAGCAGCUGGUGGGAGAGGAGGGGGAUUGACUGCAGCAUCCUGGCAACAGCGUUCCUCUGUCUGCCACCUGGCUUCCUGCUGCUGUCCUCCUCUCAGAUCCUGUGGUUUUCGGCGGGUGUGCUGCUGAUGGGUGUGGCGCACGCCGUCAUCACCGUCAAGGGGACACAUCUGGCCAGCCACGGGGCGCUCAGCGAGUCUCAGGCUUGGGGGAGGUUCUGGGCCAUCUUCUUCAUCGAGAUCUGUGGUUCGUUCUCAGCGCGAGCCGGCGUGCACGGACACAUUAAGAUGCAUCACGCUCAUACCAAUGUCAUUGGCCUGGGUGACUCCAGUGUGUGGAAGGUCCCCUUUCUGCCACGCACGGUUUACCUGUUCAUAGCUCCCCUGGCCGUACCCAUCAUCACUCCGCUUGUUGCACUCGCUCAGCUCCGAGGACACCCUUUGGCCCUCAUCAUUAGGACCAUGCUGAUGGUGACACUGGGCCUGUACUCACAGUACUGGCUGCUGAUGCACGUCUCUGGUUUCAGGUCACCUUACAGCGCCUUGUUCUGUAUGCUUGUAUGCAGAGCGAUGUUCUCUGUGCCCUAUAUCCAUGUCAACAUUUUCCAGCACAUUGGCCUCCCCAUGUUCUCCCCGACCCGGCGACCGAAGAGGAUCUACCAGAUGACCCACGGAGUCCUGAACCUGCCACGUAACCCGGUGCUGGACUGGAUGUUUGGACACUCGCUGAUCAACUGUCACGUGGAGCACCACCUCUUCCCCUUCCUGUCUGAUAGCAUGUGUCUAAAGGUGAAGCCCGUUGUGUCCAAAUAUCUGAAUGAAAAGCAGCUUCCCUACCAGGAGGACAGCUACCUCUCCCGCCUGAAGCUCUUCUUCCAGAGGUACCAGGAGCUGAUGGUGUUUGCGCCUCCGAUCACAGAGCUGGUGGGAGUGCAGUGAUGAAGGAGGACAAAGGUCCAGACUAAGAAGUGCUACUGGUCAAAUGCAAAACAAAAGUGUGUUUCUGCUGACAUGAUGCCAUCUCCUCAGUUUAGAUCUGAGCUCUAAUGCCGUCAUUCCACUGCUGCCAGGAUCUGUACCAGGCCAGUUAUUGGCUACUACUGCCUGGCACCGAAACAUGUUUGUGUUUCCACAAACGUUACAGUGGGUCUUCUCCUAACUGGAGGGUUGGUGUUCAAUUCCUGGCUUCUCCAGUCCACAUGUUGAAGUGUCCUUGAGCAGGACACUGAACGCCAAGUUGCUCCCGGUGGCUGUUCCACUAGUGGGUGAAUGAGUUAAUAGUGUAAAAGCUCUCUGACUGUGCUUCAAUGCAUAGAAAAGUGCUGAACAAGCACCAGUCAGACAUCAUGCUUUUCAGCCUGGUUUCAGUCCAGGCACAGUCCAUUUGUGAGACAAUGGAAACCCAAACGCCGGUGCAGUACGGUUCCUGGAGGCAGUGGAAUGACGGCACUACACUAAAGUUUGACUCAACGUUAACGUGACACCCUCCUGAUUGCUUUUUAAAAAUUAUAGCAUUAAUAGGCCUCCUAAAGCUUUAAUAAGUAGCACAAAGAUAAGCACUCUAAAGCUAGAUUAGCUUUAAUGAGCACUGCAUUCAGAGUCACAGUGAUCGCAGCUCCCUGUCUCAUGAAGCUCAACUUAUUCAGGCUUUAUGUACAGUAACAUGCAACUUCAAGAGCUUCAGAGGAUUAUACUUAAUGAAAUUUAAAGAAAUGGUUUAUUCCUGCUAGUGAAUGCAUUUAUUGCUCCAGUAAAAAUGUAUUAAGAUCAAAGUUGCAGAGACUAAGCACAGCACUGCAGUGUAAAAAUAGCAGUCAUGUUAUCUCAGACUAAUACCAUAACCAAAAACUGUUGCAGAAAAUAUAAAGGCUUUCUUUCCCUUUUCCGUCCAUCCACAUAUAUGUAUAGUGUGAGAAAAGGACUGCAAGACACAAUUAAGAAACUGAUUAUGCACACAUUACCGACACUGUUAUUGUAACUCACGUUGGUCCAAAGCGCAACAACUUGGAUCUCAGCAGGUUUUAACAGACACUUGAUUUGAACUUUUUAUUCUUUUUAAAGCAAUUUAUGGCCCCAUUGUACAUUUCAAACAUGCUUUAGCCCCCUGAGCUGCUGUGCCAGGUCCUCUGGCAGGUCUGUAGUCUGCAGAUUAAAAAUAAAGGGGGACCAGGCCUUCUCAGUCGGGGCCCUAAAAUUAUGGAACAUCCAGUCAGAGGAUAUGAAGUUCACAGAUUCUGUAUACACUUUUAAAUUUCAUCUAAAAAUGUACUCGCACAGCUGUGCCUUUUUCGUUUUAUUUUUAUCGUAUUUUAUUGUUUUUUAACAUUGAUGAUUUUAAUUUUCUCUGUUGAUCCCCUUUUCUUUUCCUUCACCUUAUUUCUGUCAGCAUCACCAUGUUUUAACACUUUAAAUAUGUUUUCUUAAAUAAAUGUGCAGACAUUCAGUAGAAAAGGUUUUUAAAGUGCUAUAUAAAACUUAUCAAUAUGAUGAAACGUCCCAGAAUGGCUUUAUAAACAAAAAAUACCAGUGAUACAAUCAGAAGUGGUCAAAGCCACUGGAAGGCGAAGCACUGUGAUGUGUGAGCUUUAGUCUGGCUGCAGUUCUAAUUGUGUGUUGUUAUCUUUCUGAUAAUAAAUUUUAAUUUGAAUUUUCAUGAAUUAGACUUUAUUUCAUUGCCUCUAUGGACAUGUCUCAUAUUAUCACAAACUUGAAUAUCUAAG